AUGUUUGCGCCGAGUCGGGGGCAGGCGCUCGCGAAAGCGGCCGAGACCGCGGUGGCGGCCGCAGGCUUCGCAGCGACAAGAACAACGGCUGCCCGGCGCGUGGCCCUGCCGGCUGCCGCGGCCGCCUCCCAGCAGUGCACCCGUGCCUUUUCGGCGACGGCAGCGCACAACUCCAAGCUCGGCCGGAUGCCCAUUUCGAUCCCGCCGGGCGUGGAGCUGACGAUUGGCGAGCCGAUUGUGAAGAAGGACCCGACCACAUACCUCAAGAUCCCGCGGAGGACGAUAGCGGUGCGAGGGCCCUUGGGCCAGCUGGAGCUCACGAUGCCGCCAUUCAUCCAAAUCGACCACGACGUGGAGGCACGGCGCAUCUCACUCAACAUUGAGGACCGCCAGGUCACGGAGCAGAAGCAGAUGUGGGGAACCAUGUGGGCACAUAUGAACCGGUACAUUAUCGGUGUGUCGGAAGGCCACACGGCCGUGCUGCGGCUGGUUGGUAUUGGUUACCGUGCGACGGUGGAGGAGCGACCCGAGAAGGAGGCGUACCCGGGGCAGAAGUUUGUGGUGCUCAAGCUGGGCUUCAACCACCCGGUCGAGAUGGGCGUACCCAAGGGCAUUGCGGCCAGCACGCCGCAGCCGACGCGCGUGCUGCUCGAGGGCAUCAACCGUGAGGAGCUCAUGACAUUUGCAGCGAGUAUCCGGCGGUGGCGGAAGCCAGAGCCCUACAAGGGCAAGGGCAUCUUUAUCAACGAAGAGACGAUCAAGCUGAAGCAGAAGAAGAUCAAAUAG